GCCCGUCCCGUCCCGUCCCUGGCGUCCGUCACCAUGUCGAGCCGGCAGCAGGCGGGAUCAACCAACGUGGUUUACCAAGCCCAUCAUGUCAGCAGGAGUAAGAGAGGACAAGUCGUUGGUACCCGGGGUGGAUUUCGAGGCUGCACGGUUUGGCUGACAGGCCUUUCUGGAGCUGGCAAGACAACCAUUGGCUUUGCUUUGGAAGAGUACUUGGUCUCUAAUGGCAUCCCUUGCUAUUCCCUGGAUGGUGAUAAUGUUCGGCAUGGCUUGAAUAAAAACCUGGGCUUCUCAGCGGCUGACCGCGAGGAGAACAUUCGCCGCAUCGCAGAGGUCGCCAGGCUGUUUGCUGAUGCUGGGCUCGUCUGCAUCACUAGUUUCAUCUCUCCUUUCGCCAAGGAUCGUCAAAAUGCACGGAAAAUUCAUGAGGCAGCUGGACUUCCUUUCUUUGAAAUCUUUGUAGAUGCUCCUCUAAAUAUUUGUGAGAGCAGAGAUGUGAAGGGCCUGUACAAAAAGGCAAGAGCUGGAGAGAUCAAAGGAUUCACAGGUAUUGACUCGGAGUAUGAGAAGCCUGAAUCUCCUGAACUAGUCUUGAAAACAAAUGUUGCAUCAGUGUCUGAGUGUAUUCAUCAGCUUGUGGAGCUCCUCCAAACACAAAACAUCGUGCCCCACACCUUGAUUAUGGAUGUUCUUGAGCUGUUUGUACCUGAAAAUAAACUUGACAGCAUCCGAGCUCAAGCAGAGAUGCUGCCAUGCAUAGAGAUCACAAAGCUGGAUUUGCAAUGGGUGCAGGUGCUGAGCGAAGGCUGGGCCACUCCACUGACCGGCUUCAUGCGCGAGGCAGAGUACUUACAAGUGAUCCAUUUUGGCACCCUGCUGAAUGAUGGUGUUAUCAACCUGAGCAUCCCCAUCGUGCUGCCCAUCUCCACGGAGGACAAGGAGCGUGUGCAGGGCUGCGAGGCACUGGCACUCAGCCACGCAGGCCGGAGGGUGGCCGUGCUGAGGAACCCCGAGUACUUCGAGCACAGGAAGGAGGAGCGCUGCGCCCGCGUCUGGGGCACCACCUGUGCUGAGCACCCACACGUCAAAAUGGUGAUGGAGAGCGGAGACUGGUUGGUUGGCGGCGACCUCCUUGUGCUGGAGAAGAUCCGGUGGAACGACGGGCUGGACCAGUACCGCCUGACACCGCUCAGUCUCAGGCAGAAGUUCAGAGAAAUGAAUGCUGAUGCCGUCUUUGCAUUUCAGCUGCGCAACCCCGUCCACAAUGGGCACGCCCUGCUCAUGAAGGACACGCAGCGCCAGCUUUUGGAGAGGGGUUACAAAAACCCCGUGCUGCUCCUGCACCCCUUGGGAGGAUGGACCAAAGAUGAUGAUGUCCCACUAGAGUGGCGGAUGAAACAGCACGCAGCGGUGCUGGAGGAGCAAGUCCUGGACCCCAAAUCGACCAUUGUUGCCAUCUUCCCCUCUCCCAUGCUCUAUGCUGGCCCCACAGAGGUGCAGUGGCACUGCCGCGCUCGCAUGAUUGCCGGGGCCAAUUUCUACAUUGUGGGGCGUGACCCUGCAGGCAUGCUGCACCCCAUGACCAAGAAGGACCUCUAUGAGCCCACGCAGGGAGGCAAGGUCCUCAGCAUGGCACCGGGCCUGACCUCAGUGGAAAUCAUCCCCUUCCGAGUGGCUGCUUACAAUAAAGUGAAAAGGGCCAUGGAUUUUUAUGACCCAAAAAGGCACAGCGACUUUGACUUCAUCUCAGGAACACGCAUGAGGAAACUCGCUCGUGAGGGUGAAAACCCACCAGACGGCUUCAUGGCCCCCAAAGCUUGGAAAGUCCUGACCCAGUACUACCAGUCUCUGGAAAAAAAGAAUUAACACUACUCCUUCUUCCUAGAAAUACUUGUAUUAGGAGUGAGCAAUGAUUGAUUGAUUCCCUAUGACAUAGAUCAGCUACUUGGCAUUUUCGAUGCUCUGUCUGUAGAAUUUUCCUGCCUGGUUCAGAGUGUUUUUUACUAAUCAGAGAUACUUUGAGCCUGGCCCUUCUCCCCUUGAAGCUGCCAGGAGUGUCCCCAUGGAAGCUGAGAGCGGCUGCAGGAAUUUCCACACAGCAUGCAGACAGGCCCACUGGAUCAUCUCAGUGCUGCCAGGGCUAUGCACUGGCCUCCAGUGCAGAGCUGGGACCUUGGCGUUGAGAUAAAAACAUGCCUGUCCUGUGCAUGGAGCAGAAAUGAAGAUGUUCCUUUCUGCUGCCCCUCACCCAGCCCUGCCCAAAGAGCCAGAAGCAGCUGCUAAAGUGAGGAGCAGUUGCUGCUUCUGGAGUGGGAGAGGAGGGAAACAUGCACUUGAUGCUUGGAUCCAGCCACUGCCCUCCAGGCUCUGCCUUAGACAAUUUUUGCUAGUCACUGACACAGGUUUUUUAAUGCCCUUUUUUAAAAAAAGAUAUUUUUUUUAAUCAGCCUUGACCAUCACCAGUUCCUUUUGUGGCCAAGACGAUCGCUGACUGUUUUUCCUUGCUUCCACUUGCAUGACCUCUCUGGUCAAAACAAAACCUAGGCUGAGCGUUACUCCUGCUCCGAGUUCAGCUUCCUACAUGGGCUCAGGGCAAUCCUCAUGCCCGCGGCCUGCUGGGCCCAUGGCCAGGGCAGCAGUCCUGAGAGCUGCACCGUACAGCCCACCAGACGUUCCUCCCUCCACACGAUGGGAUCUGUCUGUCCAUACUACUCCUGUCCGAGAGGUGAAUUAAAGGCAAAACAGCAAAAUCAGAGUGUGAGGAGGGUCUGAAUGACACUGAACCCAGUAAACCAUGCAGGAGCUGGCUCGUGCUUGUGCUCACCUGUACCCCUUGCCCAUGCGGCUGCAGGAUGAUGUUGCUGGCUCUGGCUGGGGGCAGAUGGGCAUCGCAGCAGAGUCCCUGGGUGCCCCCAGCUGCUUGAGAGGGGUGAUGGGGCUGAGCUGAACCCCAGCGGCUGGUGGAAAGUUACUGCAGACCUCACUUUCUUUUUUCUCGGACUUGGACUUUGCUGCUGCAUACGAGGUGCUUCCCCUGACCUCACAACAGGGCUGAGCCAGGGGACACGAAACCGACCUUCCCCUGCCUUCCUGUGCGUUCAUCCCAAGAACAUCCCGCUAGCACCUGUGGGCCUGGGGGCAGUGGCCAGGAGCCUCCCAGUGCCUGUGCUGCCCUGGCAGCCUGCUUGUGCUCAGCAAGGCUGCUCAGGGAAGGGGCUGAGCCCGUGGCCCUGCUGUGCCCGUGGGAAGGAGCACAUCAGCCCUGGGCCACCAUGCUGGGACCUGAGGAGGUUUGGGGGGAGGACAGGUAGGCACUCGUUCUUGCAACAAUCUGAACCGAUGGUUUUUGUACUUGGCCUCUCUCAGUAGAUGCCCCAGGACCAGUUGAACUGUGUUUCAAAUGAGAUGGAAAUAGCAUUCUCCUUGUUUUAAUCACAAAUGGAUCUACAAUGACACUUCUGCUUUUGAUUUAGAAUAGGGAGCUGCAUUCACAAGCUAAAGCCUGUUUUGCUGUGACUGUGGUACAGCAAAAGUUUGUUCCUUUGUCAGCUGCGUUGGGUUUUUUUCAUAGUUUUUUCAAAGCAUUUGGAGCUAAGAGACCAAAACUGUAUUUUACCUCAAGAAUGCUGCGAGGCCCACAGCAGCAGCUGGAGGCACACCAACAGUGGUGCCUUUUAUGUUCAGGCCCUCUGGCAGGGGCUCUAGAGGACAAAAGCAAUAGCCAUUUCUGAUUUCAAGAGUUGUCAUUCUUGACUGGUAAAAUAGUGCUGGUGCUGCUUUUCUUAAAAUAACUGGUUAAAAAACCCCUGCAGUAAAUCCAAAUGGUUACAGCAAAACACAAAGUGUUGUGUUACUCUUCUGAAAUAGUGUAGGGUACCGAUCACCUCUGAUUACCAGAGUACGUGGGCUAGUUCUUUUUUAUAGCGUAUUUAUUAAAGACAUGAGACUGGAAUUUGUACCUCAACUGAUGCAUCUCAUGAUAUACUAUAUUCUGAACUUGAUAUUCUGCUACAAAACACUCACUUUUAGUACAAAUAAAUAUUUAU